UUUUUGUUGUGAACCAGGAAGCCCUUCUUUCAAAUUGGGCGUGUAGUACAACGUUGACACAGAGGAUUUAAAGGUGUUUUAGCCAUUGGAAUCCUCAAAACGAGACUUCAUUUUACGUUCAGAUACAAUUCAACAAAUACCGGCCUCGUUAAACAAAAGAGGACACUCUACAUCAAGAUCUUGCAUGGUUGGUGAGUUGUGCAGAGAUGGCGCUGGAGGAAGGGGCACGGAGCUGUCUGCUGCGCUUUCGCCACAGACUGGAGCAGGACAUCAAGCCCUCAUACCUGAUGGACCACAUGAUCAGUGAUGGUGUGAUGACUGUGGAUGAGGAGGAGAAGAUCAGGACUAAGCCCACCAGGAAGGAUCAGUCUGCAGCCCUGCUGGAGCUCUUGUUGAUGAAAGACAACCGUGCCUACAUCUCUUUCUACAACUCCCUGGUCAAGGAAUCAUAUGACGAUUUGGCAGAUCUGCUCCGUGAAGACCUACCGAGCGUCUUAUGUGAUGCGCAUAAGAGCUCCUCCGAUAGCUCUACAUCUUAUGUCCAGACGGUGCUUAGUGAAGGCGGAGUGCCACAGAGGCCGGUUGUGUUUGUCAGCAGACCAGAGCUGGUGAACCGGGUCAGAGAGAAACUUUACAGACUCCAAAAGGACCCCGGCUGGGUCACUAUCUUCGGCAUGGCUGGUUCGGGCAAAUCUGUCCUUGCUGCUGAGGCUGUCCGACACCACGGACUCAUCGAAGAGUGUUUUCCUGGAGGUAUCCACUGGCUGGCCAUUGGUCAACUGGAAAAACCAGACCUGCUGGUGAAAAUGCAGUCAUUGUGUUUUCGCCUGGAGCAGAGCCUGGAUCCCCAGACCCUCUCCAGGCCCCCCAACUCUCUGGAUGAAGCCAAGGAGCGUCUGCGCUUCCUCAUGCUGCGCAGAUAUCCCAGGUCUCUGCUGAUUUUGGAUGACAUCUGGGAUAGCACAGUGCUGAAGGCGUUCGAUAUCCACUGUCGGAUUCUUCUAACCACCAGAAACAGAAGCCUGACUGACUCUGUUAGCGGUGCUAAAUAUGAGGUGGGAGUGCAAAGUGGUCUGGAUGAAAGCAAGGGGCUGGAGAUUCUUGCUCUGUACACUAAAAUGAAGCCUCAUGGACUACCUGAGGAGGCUCGCAGCAUCGUUAGAGAAUGUAAAGGCUCCCCUCUGGUGGUGUCUCUGAUUGGGGCUUUGCUCAAAGACAAACCCAACCGUUGGUGCUACUACCUCCGCCAGCUGCAGCAGAAACAGUUCAAGCGUAUUCGGAAGUCCUCAUCUUACGACUACGAUGCUCUGGAUCAGGCGAUGGCUGCUAGUAUUGAGGUCCUACCUGAUGAACAUCGAGAACUCUACAAGGACUUAACCGUGCUGGAGAAGGACAUCAAAAUCCCUGCUAAGGUGCUAUCUGUUCUGUGGGAUCUGGAGCCAGAGGAGGUGGAGGACAUUCUCCAGGAGUUUGUGGACAAGUCUCUGCUUUUUGUGGACAGUCACCAUAAACCCUACCUGUACUACCUUCAUGACCUCCAGCUAGACUUCCUGGUGGAGCAGAAUCGAACCCAGCUCGAAAGCCUUCACAGUAAGGUGGUGCGUCAGUAUCAGCAGCACUACAGAGAUGGUCCUCCUACCUCCGGAGAUGAAGAAUGUCUCUACUGGAUCAGAUUUUUGACCUACCACAUGGCCAAAGCCGGCCUGUCACAGGAUCUCUACUCCCUCAUGUUCUCUCUGGACUGGGUCAGCACCAAAUCCCAGAUAAUGGGUCCAGCUCACCUCAUCAAUGACUAUGUGGAGUAUGGAUCCAUUCUGGACAAGGAGAACAGUGAAGUGCGAAGUCAGUUCCAGGAGUUCCUGUCUCAAAAUGGCCACCAGCUGGAGGAGCGUCCUUUCCCUGAUGUUGUGCAGCUCGCUCUGUCUCAGCCACACAACUCUGAGGUUUAUCGACAAGCUCGGCUUCAAGCUCAGAACCGAACCCGCACUGGGAAACUCUACUUUGACCUCGUGAAAAAGAGCGGUGUAGAGAAUCUGUCCCGUUUGGUGAUCCACCCCCAUCAGGGCUCUAUCUACUCUGCCUGCUUCUCUCAUGAUGGAACCAAAAUUGCCUCUUGUGGAGCAAGCAAGACCCUCAAGGUUUUUAGAAGCACCUCAGGUGAGAAGCUCACAGAGAUCCAGGCCCAUGAUGAUGAAGUGCUUUGUUGUGCCUUCUCCCCUGAUGACCAUCUCCUAGCAACCUGCUCCACUGACAAGAAAAUCAAGGUGUGGAGCGCAGAGCGAGCCAUGCUGCUGCGCGUUUUUGAGGAGGAGCAUGAGGAGCAGAUCAACCACUGUCAGUUCACCAACACAAUAAAGCGCCUCCUGCUGGCCACCUGCUCCAACGACGACUACAUGAAUGUUAAGUUGUGGAACCUCAACAAGCCUUCCUCCCAGAACACCAUGUUCGGCCACUUUGCGCCCGUCAGCCACUGCUGUUUCUCCCCCGAUGACAGUUAUUUGUCCACUUCCUCCAACGAUGGUACCGUAAAGCUAUUUCAGGUGUCGUCCGCCAACGAGUGGAAGACGAUCAAUGUGAGGGACUUGGUUGCAGAGAACGAUGAAGAAGUCCUCGUCAAGUGCAGCACCUGGACCGGAGAUGGGAAGCGUGUCAUAUGCGCUGUUAGAAAUGCUGUUUUGGUGUUUGAUGUGGAGACAUCAGACAUGUUGUUGGAGAUCAGGACCAGUCGUCUAAGCACGGUGCAGUAUUGUGACGCCUGUCCUACCACUAACCUGCUGGCCAUUGCGUUUUCAAACUAUACUGUGGAGCUGUGGGAUCUUGAGGCCAAUAAGAAGAUGGCUGACUGCAGUGGUCACCUCAGUUGGGUUCAACGUGUCCAGUUUUCUCCCGACGGGUCGCAGCUGCUCUCCUGCUCUGAUGACCAGACUGUGAGGCUGUGGGAGACUAAUAAGGUUCACACGUCCUCCGCAAUCUGCCUGAAGAGAGAUUCUGACGUUCUGUUCAAUGGUGAAGAGAUCGUAGUGUCAGCUGCAGACAACUGCAACAGACUGCAGGUGCGUGAUGGCAGAACGGGAUCAGUGCUGUUCCAGUCAGAGGAGAAGUCAUCCAGGAUAAGGUGUACCUGUAUGUGCAGGCAUCCCUCAGCUGUGGUCCUGGGCCAAGAGGACGGCACUGUGCAGGUGUUGGAGCUGCCCUCUGGGAAGCUCCUGGCGAAUUUAUUGGGGCACACUAAGACUGUGCUGCAUUGUCAGUUCAGCCAGAACGGCCAAAUGCUCAUCACGUCCUCUGAGGACACCACCAUACGGGUGUGGAGGUGGCAAUCAGGUGAGUGUAAAGUACUUCAGGGUCACAAGGAGCAAGUCAGAUGCUUCUCUCUCCUCUCCAACUCACCCAAUGACUCCAGACUGCUGUCCUGGUCCUUCGAUGGUACUGUGAAGGUGUGGGACACAGAGACCGGAGAAAAACUGCAGGACAUCGAGGCUCAUCGAGGAACUAUCUUGGGCUGUCAUGUCUCACCAGACGGAUGCUUCUUUGCCACCACCUCUGCUGACAAGACUGCUAAGUUGUGGCACUGUGAGUCCUGGCAAUGUGCCUACACAUUAAAUGGUCACCAAGACUGCGUCCGAAGCUGCAGAUUCUCGUGGGACAGCCAACGCCUCGCAACAGGAGAUGACAACGGAGAGAUUCGGCUCUGGAGCGUUAAGGAUGGCUCUUUACUGAAGAUUUGUUGCCCGGACAGUAAGGACGGCAUGGACUCGCUCCACGGAGGCUGGGUGACAGAUCUGCACUUCUCUCCUGACAACUCUCUUCUGGUCUCGACCGGGGGCUACAUCAAGUGGUGGAACGUGGAAAAAGGAGAAGCCCUGCAGACCUUUUAUCCAACAGGAAGCGCUUUGAAGAAGGUCCACGUGUCAUCGGACUUCUCCACCUUUGUUACCAUUGACAAUAUCGGCAUCCUCUACAUCCUCCAGAGGGUGGUGUGAUGACGGCAGUGCAAAGACCGCUCCAAAAGAUCAGCAGAAGACGGAAACAAAACACCACUAUCCAGCCAAACGCUACCAUGUCUUGCAAAAAACUUCAGUGUUACAAAAUAUAUGCAGAAAUGGACGUAUUUGGUUGCAUUAAGGACGCUCGCAAAAGGUUAAACUGAGAGAUGCUGCAUUACAAUGUUAAAGUAGAGCAUUACACACAUACAUUUUAGAUAAUGUGGUGUUAAAUUUCACUCUUUAAAUGAAAACCGCUUCAGCGGCGAUCAGCUGUUGAGAGCCAACAUGAAAGCUUCUGCUUCCAUCUCUUUGUUUUACACACACAGGCAGUAGCUGCAAAUAGUUUGUACAUAAAAUGAGUUUAAUAUCUUACAAAAGCAAAGAGAGGUGCAUCAAGAAGCAACACAUUUACCAAAACAAUAAAUGUCAUCACUGACUUGUAGAUGAAUAUCAAAAGAUUGUUGCAUUAAUUGAAAUGUGAAUAUAAAUAUGAAUCCUUAUUGCAUAAGGGUUCGACAUUACUGCAUGUGAUGUGUGAUCGAUAGAAGUCUGCUGGUCUGUUUGACGUCAUGAAGUGCAUUAAGAGUCGUCUGUUCUCGUGAUGUUUUUCAGCUGUUUUUUCUUCGUGUUUGAGGGCGGGGUUUUUUGGCUAAUCUUCAUCUUUAGUAUGAACAGUUUUGCGCCCUUUUCUUAGCCUUAAUGUGAAUGGGAAUACUGUGGGUACCAGCGUAUGUCUUGUGUAGAUGCCUUCUCAGUCCACCAGCAAUCCACCAGAACUAUCAGUGCACUUUGAUAACUACAAGUAUAGCAUGGUGAAUAUUUAAUGAUGUAACACUGGUUUCAAAUUUUUUUCAAAGCUUGUGAGACUUUGUACUUCAACUAUUUCUACGUUUACGUCUAGAUAAAAGGUAAAUAUUUUCUAUAAAAAAACAAAACCACAGUAUAUGAUAUACAACUUACAAUCAGUUUCCACUUACUAAUGUUAAAAAGAGCUCUUUUUGUGCUCUAUAAAUUGCCUUUUUAAAUUUUGUGCUGGUCCCUUUUACCUCUACAUCCCACUUUUAGGAACACUUACACCUGCGCGUUGUCUUACUACUGAGCCUUUUCCUGUUCUGAGCACUUUGAAGCAGGAAUUACAAUCAUUCAGGAAGCUUUUGUUCAUGUUCAGACACGGAUCCUUACUUUAAGUUCUUCUCUUUUCUUUUAAAGAUUUAUUUUUGGACGUUUUAUUUGAUAUAACGGUGAGGAGAGAGCAGUGGAAUGACAUGCUGUGGGUCGCCUUUUAGUACUUAUCCCUAAAUACGUGACUAUCAGCCAUAUUCAUGUCAGGAUAAUUUAGAUUCCAGGUCCAGGAGGAGUUCAAAGCACAAGAAUACAAUAAAUAAAUAAAAAUAAGGGUGCAUUUCAUUGUUUCUAAAUAAUACUAAUGGUGUCAUUUUCACAUUGUGUUCUUCCUGAUUGGUGCUUUAAAGCUAAAUUCAAUCAGCAGAUUUUUUCCCUCUAGAAAACUUUAUCUGUUGAUACGCUGAUAUCUGCUCAGGAUGUAUUAAUACUUUUAUAUGGUGUGGUGCAAUGUGUCUAAUUUAUAGAUUAAACUACAUCCGCUGUGA